UGAAAGUGUUUUGUCAUAGCGAAAUAGUUAUUAAAAAAUACAAAAAAAAAAAACAAAAUAUGAAAUAUCCGACAAUAAUUUUAUUCGCGCUCGCCGCAUUCGUUUUGCCAACUUUUGCCACAAAUGACUACCUUUGGGGCGAAAUCGGUGACAACGAUUACAAAUUGGCCAAGGAUACCGUUUCCAAGGCGUUUUUCGUUGGACUUGUGCAGACCAAGAAAUACGUAUUCAAGCAGUCGAACAACCUGAACGCGCUGACCAUUACGGCCAUUAAGAUUACCGACAAAAAGAAGAGCCACGGAGCAACUGCUGUACUGGUCAGCGGAGGUCCUGGAUCCAAAGGAGCCACUAUUCAGUUCACUUCCGAGCGGGGUUACGGCAUCAAGGAUACUGUGGAAAUAUGGGGUCGUUAAAUACCCUUAAAAAUACCCUUAAAUACCCUACAUAAAUAACGCAACGCAAUGAAAAACUAAA